CCGAAGAUCACCGAGCUCGUCUACCUGGAACAGUCACCUAACUACUGCGACAGGGACUUUGGCACCGGGUCGCUGGGCACGUACGGUCGUUCCUGUAACCGGACUUCUGAUGGCACGGACGGCUGCGACCUGAUGUGUUGCGGACGCGGGUACAACACGCACCAGUUCACCAGGACCAAACAGUGUCGGUGCACAUUCUAUUGGUGCUGUUACGUCAAAUGCGACACGUGCGUGGAAAGGACCGAAGAAUACAGUUGUAAAUGACGUGCUCAUAUUAUGUAUUAUGUAAAUUAUAACAUAUAACAAAACGUGUACCUUACUCGUUAUGUUGUUAAUAAACUUAUCAUAUCUUUUUAGUUUUGUAC